AUGUCCGCCCCCGCCCCCAUCAAGCCCCAGGACGUCGGAUGGCAGUUCGUCCCCCAGUACUACAACUUUGUCAACUCCCAGCCCCACCGUCUCCACUGCUUCUACAACAAGCGAUCCACCUUUAUCCACGGCGAGGAGGGCGAGGAUGUCACUCCCGCUUACGGCCAGCAGGAAAUCCACGACCGCAUAACCCAGAUCGGCUACAACCAAUGUAAAGUCUACAUUCACUCUAUGGACUCCCAGUCCUCCGCCGAGGGGGGCAUCGUCAUCAUGGUCCUCGGUGAACUCUGCAACAACAACCAGGCCUGGCGAAAGUUCUCCCAAACAUUCUUCCUCGCGCCCCAGACUGGCGGUUACUUUGUGCUCAACGACAUUUUCAGAUAUCUCAACGAGGAGGUUGACGAGCAAAAGUCAGAGGACGGUCACCAGGAGGAGGCUCAGCCCGAGCCAGAGGCCCCCAAGGCUGCCGUUGAGGAGCCCCCUGCCGCCGAGGAAAAGGUCACCCAGGAGCCUGCCGCCGAGCCUGCUCCUGAGCCGGAGCCUGUCACUGCCCCGGCUGCUGUUGUGCCCGACGCCGUGCCCGAGGAAGCCGAGGUCGCCGCUCUUCCAGACAAGGAUGUCGCGCCUGCCGAGGAGCCGACUCCCGAGGAACCCGCUACUGCUGCCAACCCUGCUGUAGAGGACACUCCCGCCCCCGCCCCGGCCUCUGAGAAGGCUCCCUCUCCUGCCCCCAAGGUGCCUUCCCCUGCCCCCGCCCCCAAGAAGGAGGCUGCUACCAACGGAACCGCUGCCCCUGCCCCUGCUCCUACCGGUCAUCCCAAGCCCAGGACCUGGGCUACUUUGGCCGCUUCCAACAUUCCGCCUACCAGCACCUGGGGUAAGCCCAGCCCUGCCGUUUCCGCCCAGGCAUCUCCUUCUGCCGCUGCCGCGCCUGUCCCUUCGGCCCCCAAGAAGGAGGAGCAGAAGGCUGCUCCCGCACCCGCUGCUACUGCCGCUCCUGCUCCCAGGCGAGGUCCCCAGGGUGGUCUUGACGUUUCCAAGAUCCAAAAUCAGGUCUGCUUUGUCAAGCUCCCCAACUGGGCUCUUGACAACCACAGCGCUUCCGAGCUCACCGAGCCUGAACUCUCCCGACUCGCUUCCAAGUUUGGCGAAGUCAAGUCUGUCGAGAUUGUCGGCCAAAAGGCUUGCGCGUUCGUCGAGUUUGUCAAGGUCGAGUCUGCUCGAAAGGCCAUUCAGCACUCGCUUCCCGUCGAGCAGGGCGGUGAGGGCGGUACCAAGUUCCCCAACGGGACCUUGUUCUUUGAGCCCAGGAAGGAGAAGGAUGAGAGGGGCCAGAAGAAGAGGACUGGUGGUCAGCAGGGCGGUCAGCCCCAAGGCCAGGGCCAGCCGCGACAGCAGGUCAACGGCGGUGGUGCCGGCCGGGGCGGUAGACCCAACAGAGGACGAGGCGGCCAGGCCAACCAGGGCGACCGUGUUUCUCAAAAGCAAUAG